AUGGCCGACAACUCAGACAACGUACCUCCGGAGCGCGGCUUCUUCCCCGCUCUAUUGGGCGGAGCCGUUGCAGGGACUUCAGUUGACAUUGCGCUGUUCCCGCUCGACACCAUUAAGACGCGUCUGCAAUCGGCCCACGGGUUUUUCAAGGCUGGUGGAUUCCGAGGCGUCUACUCGGGCUUGUCUGCUGCCGCUGCAGGAUCAGCUCCUGGAGGCGCACUCUUCUUCGGCACUUAUGAGACUUCCAAGUCACUGCUUGGCAUGGCCGCUCCGAACCAGAAGCACUCGCCACUUGUUCACAUGGCGGCCGCAGCAUCGGGUGAAAUGGCGGCGUGUUUGGUGCGCACUCCCACUGAAAUUGUGAAACAGCGUAUGCAGACCGGUGUGUACAAGUCACUACCGGAAGCGCUCAACGCUAUUCGCAUGGCGGAUGACAUAGCUGGGUUCUACCGAGGCUACUGGAGCAUGAUCGCGCGAGAGAUCCCCUUUUCGUUUAUCCAGUUCCCACUUUGGGAGGGCUUGAAGUAUCAAUGGUCGAAGCAGCAGAACGCCCCUGUGUCCUCACUACAAGGUGCAAUCUGCGGAUCGAUUGCCGGUGGUGUGGCGGCUUCCACCACGACUCCACUCGACGUGGUGAAGACGCGGCUUAUGCUUGGCAAGGAUGCCAAGGGCGUUCCAUAUAAGGGCACACUGAACACGCUGUCGCGUGUGUACACUGACGAAGGCUUAAGGCGUCUGUUCUCAGGUGUUGGCCCUCGUACCAUGUGGAUCAGCAUCGGCGGCUUCGUUUUCUUCGGCAUGUACGAGAAGGCCACCUCAACGUUCGCUGCGAUCGUGUAG